AUGGAAGAUUAUCUUCCAUUAGAUCUUGAAUCAAACAUCCUCGUAAGAUUACCAAUCAAAGACCUUAUUCGCUGUCAGUGUGUUUGCAAGCGUUGGCGUGAUGACAUCAUCAAAAACCCGUAUUUCAUCACUUCCCACACUCGGCAUUAUCUUCUCGAAAGUAACAAGAUAAGUGACUCCAUCAUCUUUUUUAGUCGAGACACAUACUCAUCUGGAUUGUGCUUUUUAGAUUACCAUACCCCGAAAGUUGUUAAGAAGGUAACUCACUUUCAUAACUUUCAGAAUUCUAAGAAUGUUGAACUCGUUGGUUCUUGUAAUGGCUUGCUUUGCUUUCGAGAAUUAGGUCAGAAUUACCCAAUAAGGUUUACGCUUUACAACCCGUUAACCGAUGCCUCUAACGAUAUAACGCCUUUGGUACCAAAACAAGAUUAUGCGGGUCAAGCGGGUCAAAUUGAGAUGAUCGGGUUCGGUUAUGAUAGUACCAAAGAUGAUUAUAAGAUUUUAUGCUUCUCCACAUUCAAUGUACAAUCUGAUAACUUUUGUGUGGUUUAUAGCUUGAAGAGUAAUACAUGGAAAUACAUCAAACCUCAUCAUAAUAACAUCGUGAAAAAUAUAAACAGAAAUCCAAGUAUGGUUUUCUGUAAUAAUGCGUUGCAUUGGAUAGCUUGCAAUAAUAAGUCAAAUUCAACCUCGAAGUUAAUAAUAGCUAAGUUUGACCUUGGAACUGAAGAAUAUAAUGAGGUGCCAUACCCUAAAAAAUGGAAUAAUUGUGUUGGUAAUUUGGAGUCAUUGAUUGUAUUAAGGGGUCGUUUGCAUUUCAUAAACUAUUAUCGCCAAUGGCGGAGCCAGGAAUUCAACGUUGGGGAGGCGAGAAAAAUAAACUUGGAAGUGUGGGUUAUGAAGGAGUAUGGUGUGAAACAAACAUGGGAGACGUUGAUAGAAGUAAACAACUACAACUAA